GUUGAGACAUAUUGCAACUCAUCACAAGCGAUCGCAACAUAGCCUCUUCUAUCUAUACACCUCAGCCAUCCCAGCGCAAUCUGCAUUGCACGCGACCUCAUGAUUACAGUCAUAUUCGAGGACAAGUAGAAAUGAUUAUAUAUAAUUGACAAGAACUCGAGCACAAUGCUUAGAACUCAAAAGACUAGAUAACUGGGCGCUCGUCCAGUCUCACGCAGUUACUGAACUCGCUACAUAUCGACCCUUCAGUUGGUAUCUUUGCCUACGAUCAUGGUUCAAGGACUGGAGACAUUGGCUCCGGGAAUAUCACUCGAGCCCAGUUGUGUAGUCUUGCUCAGAUUCUUGUUUUACUUUGCGAGUUGCGAUAUUUUAAGUCCAAGAUGUUUUUGAUUUUCAGGAAUGGAUCGACUGAGUGCCACUUUGUGUUCACCGAUGACUUGUUGAGUAGUACUUGGUUUUGAGCUACAUUAGCUAACAGUGUUUGCAUAGGGCCGACCUGCACUGACAGACAAAACAUCAAUGUGUAGGAGCGCUUUUAUAGGUUUUGCUCUCACUCCAAACACAGGAGAAAUUUACGGUUCCCGUAGCUGUGUCACUACUAAUCAGUGUUUGACUAGCUGUUCUAACCUGUGCAGUUGACGAUUGCAGUUGCGGCGCGAUUGUUCUUCGUCCAGACGCCAAGGCCAUUUCCGGAUCUCGCGGGUGUCAUGGUUUAAGGUGUCAAUAUUCUACAGGCAACAAGAAUCCUUGACCCUGGCAACAUAUUCUCCUGGUUUUUGCCACCGACCGUUUCCAGACUGAUUUCCUACAAGGGAGACAAUCUCUCUCACCUCCCACAUGCCCGAGGUCAUAGCUCCAACUGUCUGAGUCCGCUGGCGCGUGAGCAUAUGUGCAUCACCUGGGCGCAUCUUCUCCGGAUACAAACAGUUAGAUUGCUGAUCGCCAACCUGGAUAUUUACAGCACAGAUGGCACCUUGUCGAGGAGUUAGCAGCAAUUCACUAUAAUUCUGUGAGAGAUUUCCUAUCUCUUUGCGCACUCUACGUCUUUCAUCGUCGCCAUUCUGUCAUUAAGGUCAUUUUUUGCCAGCUAUAAUAUUUCACCGUUGUUGGGAUAGCUCCAUUACACACAUCACAAAAUCGGAAGUUCAUCGUAACAUAUUUUCGCCCAAUCAGCUCGAACUCUUUGCGCAUUAGUCCUAGUACAGUAAGUUUCCUGGCACAGCCUUAAGCCAGCGCUCGGUAUUAUGGAGAGAGUGGAGCCAGCCGUCUUUCUUCCACCGGGACAUCUAUACCAGUGUCGAUGCUAAUUAGGAGCUUAUCUUUACGGCCUUUUCGCCUCCUAGGCCUAUAAAUCUGACUGAUUCUGUACGGGAUGCUACAAUAUGCAAAUGGUGUCUACGAAUCACGUCUUCUCUGCGUUUGCAUUCAUUGGAUUUUUUCUCUCUGGCAUCCUCCUGCCAUGGCACCUGAGAGUGAAGAGUCUUGGUACAUGCUUCUUCAUCGUAUGGACAGGUUUACUCUGCCUCAAUGGUUUCGUGAACUCGGUCGUGUGGGAUGACAACACCGUCGACUGGGCGCCUGUGUGGUGCGACAUUUCCUCUCGCUUAGAGGUAGCUGGUCGAAUUGCUAUACCAGCAACUUCGCUGAGUAUAAUUCGCCGCUUAUACUUCAUCAUAAGUAUCGAUGCUGUGACUGAGAAUGCUCAGAAUAAAUCCCAGAGAUGGCGUUUGAUGGCAGUGGAUAUUCUUCUUGUCCUAGGAAUUCCCCUUUUAUCUAUAGUGAUGGCGUACAUUAUUCAAUAUCAGCGUUUUUCUAUUUUUGAGGAACUGGGAUGCCACUAUUCUUUGUCGAACACCGUAAUUUCUUAUCCUCUAUAUGGGAUAUGGCCGGUGGUUAUUGGACUCGUUACUGCUGUAUACGCAGGCAUCGUUAUCCACGUAUUAAUCCGGAGCAAGACUCACGUCAAGGAGCUUCUGAAAAGUGACACUCCAGAUCUUCGUUACCGUCACAGUUGGCGUCUUGCUGCCAUCGUUUUUGCUGUGUUUCUUUGUUCAUUUCCCACCAGUGUCUGGUAUCUGGUCGAAGAUCUUACCCAGAGCACACCGAUACCUUGGCCAGGAUGGGCUGUUGCGCAUGCAUCUAUCUCUGUAAUCACGCAAUACUCCAAUGCAGAUUGGCAAGUUAGCAAUGCCGUAGCAAUAUACCAGUGGGAACGUUGGUGUUACGUGGUGUAUGCGCUCAUAUUUUUCAUGCUUUUUGGAUUCACGAAGGAGGUGAAGGAAAAAUACUGGUUCGCUAUUCGGUUUGACGAUGGGCACAUUUUACCUCACAAGCCUCUACUUCCCAUCGAUAGCGUUUGGAAACCAGAGCAGGUCCAUCUUCGCCCCAUCGUGGUUUAG